AUGAAGGAGUUUUUGGAUCACAAGAAGCUCAGCCGAAAAUUGUUCAAGCUUGAUACAUUUAACAGGUUCAUGGAUCAAAACAAAAAUAAGUAUCCACUUUCAAAAUUCGACAUUGAAAAUAUCCCAAAAAAUGACAAUUUAAUUAAGGAUAUGCAAGACUGUUAUUAUGAAGCUCUUGUCGAACGAUUUGGCAAAAUAAGUUUUUCCAAAUGUGAUAAUUCCACAAAGUCCGAUGACGGAGAGAAAUUGCUCAUAAUGAUUAAUAACCACAAGGAUUUGAACAGCACUGCGUUGGCGGAAAAACGGUUUUACGCAGUCCCCUACUUUGAUCACAUGUUCGAAAAUCGUACUUGUACAAUAUGCUGUGAACAAUUUAUUGACAACAAAUUGGUAUUAGAGUUGAAUUGUAAACAUGCAUUCCAUUUCAGUUGCAUUUGUAAAAGGUUGAAGAUUAAGAGUCAGUGUCCGCAUUGUGAAGAGUCUAUUGUCUUCCACCGCAGAACAGAAUAUGAGAAAAUGUUCAAAUUAUGGCUACAAUUAUGUUGA